ACAGUAAGUUUAUUAUCGAGACAAAAGUACUACUACUGUGAAAUAAAAAUUUUAUAGCGAUUUAAAAGUAUUUGAGUGCUCUCGUCCAUAAAAAUUGACUAUAUGGCUAUUUGUUUUAAUUACCUUCAGUAAUAUCUUUAUCACAUGUCACAAAGAUAAUUUGCCUGAGCAACAACACACCAGACAUCGAGGCUUUACAUUGAAUUAUCGCGGAUUUGUUUUGACUGUUUUUCGGAACAUAAGAAUAUGAACGAAGUGAAUGAUAAAUUAGCAAUUGUAGCAAUUUUGGCUAAUGUCCGUUUAGAUGUCAAUCAGAGAAGGAUAAUUAAGGAUUGGCUCAAGGGAUUAACUCCACGAUGGAUUGAUGAUGGAAAUGUUCAACAGAAGAAGAAAAUCUGCCUGAAUCACCUUCUUACAACUUUGCUGGAGGACGAUGAAAUUUGUGAGCCUUUUAAUCAACCUCCAAAGGAUACCAGGCUUGGUAGCGAAUUUUUCGCAGAAAAGAAGUUAUCUCAUCAAUUGUUCACAUCGAGUGCCGAUGGACUUACAAGGAAUGAUAUUACUGACAUGGGACGAAAAGCUCAAAAUUGCCAACCAGAUGACUUUCUAGCUGAACAGCCAACAGUUGAACAAGGAUUUGAGGUCACUGGUUCUUUUAACACUCUGCGUCAAUAAGGAAAUGCCCACAAAGAAGAACAAAAGAAAUCACAGGAAAAAGGAAUUGACAUACUGAACUUUGUUUGCCAUUUUUCCUUAUUAA